AUGCAAAUAAAGAAAACGAACUUUAUCUUUCACCAUGUUCAUAAAUUGAAUUUGAAAAAAGCUACUACAAAUAACUCGAGGUGUAUGUGUCAAGCAUGCCAAAUCCUGUCACCAGUAGUUGGCAAAAUGAGAAAGAUCUUUAUUCUGGGUUUAAUUUUCCCACCACUAUACUUUUACAUUUGGGCUAUCAAGAUAUAUGCUAUUAUUCGGUAUAGACAACAAAUAUUAGCAAUUGCGCAACUAUCAAAAGGUUCUGAGGAAGAGCAAAUUGUUUCAGAAGACCACCCGCUUUCAGGUAUUAACGAGCAAAGCAGUACGAAUAAUCUGGGAUCAGGUCUUGCUAACCCCUUCUCUGAUGCUAAUCGAAUCAAUGAUUGGGAGCUACAAAAAGACGUAAAUAGGCAACGUUUAGUAAAUCGAAGAAGCUUUUAUGAUUUCAAGCUUCAUGCAAAGACCAAUGCGCAAUUUGAUAGAUGGUUAGGUAGGUCUUUUAUUGCAUUUACUGGCCAGAUUCUCAUAAUAUUUUUAAUUGUAUUAUCCGUCAUACUGGAGCAUAAAAGAAAAUGA